GGUAAGGGGGUUAUUUUGUGUUUUCUCCUCUCUAUAAAAGAAGCAACAACAGGCUACCUCCUUAUCUUGGUUCAGAAGGUUGAGCUAAUGCAGUUGCUAUAGAUUUGUUCUCCUUCAGCAAUCACAGAGACAUGUCAUGCUGGCAACAUUACUGAUAUCAAUGAUUAUGGGAGAGGGUCUUAAGGCUAAAACACACAGAACUAAAAGCAGUUAAAAAAAGUGUAAUGUUGUGUUUGUAAAUCUUUUGAAAUACAACAAUUUGGUUUUUAGCAUUCUGAAUACAGUUUGUACUUUUUAAGCUUUAAAAAGCUGUUAAAAUGACAAGGAAAGAAGAUAGCAGUUUGUACUUCAGAUUUUAUUCUGAAUAUUAGUGCAAACCCCCUCAAGGAUCUACCUUCUGUGUUACAUUAGCUCUCCUACCCUUGAACUGGGAAAGGACAAGCAGAGAAAUAAGGCAAGGAAAAAACAACACUUCACCAGAUUUCUUCUCUUCUUAAUAUUAAAAGUUUAUGUUCGGCAUCUAUCUUUUCAGCACCAUGGAAAUUAAUUAUCCUGAUUUAUCUAAUGAACUAGCUUUGAUUAAAAAACCUCUACAUCAAGAAAGAGACCUCAGAUACAAAGGGAAAAUUAUAAAUGAAACAGAUUUAGAAGCAUACUUCCUGCAAACUUUUAGAGAGGCAAACUAUGCAAGUAGCACCAGAAUUCCUCUCCCUGGUGACGGACCAACUGUUCAGUCAAACAGUUCAGCACCAUCCAAGCAAACUGUUCUAUCUUGGCAAGCUGCAAUUGAUGCUGCUAGACAAGCCAAGGCUGCCCAAACUAUGAGCACCACCACAACCCAACCUGUAGGAUCUCUGUCCCAAAGAAAACGCCAGCAAUAUGCCAAGAGCAAAAAACAGGGUAAUACAUCUAACAGUCGGCCACCCCGUGCCCUUUUCUGUUUAUCCCUCAAUAACCCAAUACGAAGAGCCUGCAUUAGUCUUGUAGAAUGGAAACCAUUUGACAUAUUUAUACUAUUGUCUAUUUUUGCCAAUUGUGUGGCCUUAGCUGUUUACAUCCCAUUCCCAGAAGAUGAUUCUAAUUCAACUAAUCAUAACUUGGAAAAAGUAGAAUAUGCCUUCCUGAUUAUUUUUACAGUUGAAACGUUUUUGAAGAUUAUAGCAUAUGGAUUAUUAUUACACCCCAAUGCAUACGUUAGAAAUGGAUGGAAUUUACUGGAUUUUGUAAUAGUAGUAGUAGGAUUGUUUAGUGUAAUUUUGGAACAAUUAACCAAAGAAUCAGAAGGAGGUAGCCACUCAGGUGGCAAACCAGGUGGCUUUGAUGUCAAAGCCCUAAGAGCCUUCCGUGUGUUGCGACCGCUCCGGCUUGUAUCAGGAGUACCCAGUUUACAAGUUGUCCUGAACUCCAUUAUAAAAGCCAUGGUUCCCUUGCUCCAUAUUGCCCUUUUGGUAUUGUUUGUAAUCAUAAUCUAUGCUAUUAUAGGAUUGGAACUUUUUAUUGGAAAAAUGCACAAAUCAUGUUUUCUUGUUGAUACAGAUAUAUUAGCUGAAGAUGAUCCAGCACCUUGUGCGUUCUCAGGGAAUGGACGUCAGUGUGCCAUGAAUGGCACCGAAUGUAAGGGCGGCUGGGUUGGACCAAAUGGAGGCAUAACCAACUUUGACAAUUUUGCCUUUGCAAUGUUAACUGUGUUCCAGUGUAUAACCAUGGAAGGAUGGACUGAUGUGUUAUACUGGGUAAAUGAUGCAAUAGGAUGUGAAUGGCCAUGGAUCUAUUUUGUUAGUCUUAUCAUCCUUGGCUCAUUUUUCGUACUUAACCUGGUUCUUGGUGUACUUAGUGGGGAAUUUUCUAAGGAAAGAGAAAAAGCCAAAGCCCGAGGAGACUUUCAGAAACUGCGUGAAAAGCAGCAGCUUGAAGAGGAUCUGAAGGGAUAUUUAGAUUGGAUUACACAAGCAGAAGACAUUGACCCUGAGAAUGAGGAGGAGGGUGAUGAAGAAGGCAAACGGAACACAAGCAUGCCCACAAGUGAAACUGAAUCUGUGAACACUGAGAAUGUCAGUGGAGAAGGCGAGAGCCCGGCAUGCUGUGGCAGUCUAUGUCAAACUAUCUCAAAAUCCAAGUUCAGUCGACGCUGGCGUCGCUGGAACCGAUUCAAUCGAAGAAAAUGUAGAGCUGCAGUAAAAUCUGUUUCAUUUUAUUGGCUGGUUAUUGUCUUGGUCUUUCUGAACACAUUAACUAUCUCUUCUGAACAUUACAAUCAACCUGACUGGCUGACACAGAUCCAAGAUAUUGCAAACAAAGUACUUCUGGCUUUAUUCACCUGUGAAAUGUUAAUAAAGAUGUACAGCUUGGGCCUACAGGCUUAUUUUGUAUCCCUCUUUAACCGUUUUGAUUGCUUCGUCGUUUGUGGUGGCAUUGUUGAAACCAUACUGGUGGAGUUGGAAAUUAUGUCACCCCUGGGAAUCUCAGUGUUUCGAUGUGUUCGUCUUCUACGUAUUUUUAAAGUCACAAGGCACUGGACAUCCCUGAGCAACUUGGUAGCAUCCUUGUUAAACUCAAUGAAGUCCAUUGCUUCACUGUUGCUUCUGCUUUUCCUCUUCAUCAUAAUCUUCUCAUUGCUUGGAAUGCAGCUGUUUGGAGGCAAAUUUAAUUUUGAUGAAACUCAAACAAAACGGAGCACCUUCGAUAAUUUUCCACAAGCUCUUUUAACUGUAUUCCAGAUUCUAACAGGUGAAGACUGGAAUGCUGUGAUGUAUGAUGGGAUUAUGGCAUAUGGUGGUCCAUCGUCAUCAGGAAUGGUAGUCUGUAUAUACUUCAUUAUCCUCUUCAUCUGUGGUAACUAUAUCUUGCUAAAUGUCUUUUUGGCCAUUGCUGUGGAUAACUUGGCAGAUGCUGAAAGCCUGAAUACAGCUCAGAAAGAAGAAGCAGAAGAAAAGGAGCGGAAAAAGAAUGCCAGAAAAGAGAGUCUGGAAAAUAAAAAAGGUAACAAAUCAGAAGGUGACCAAAAGAAGCCCAAGGACAAUAAGGUUACAAUUGCUGAAUAUCGAGAAGGAGAAGAUGAGGACAAAGACCCCUAUCCACCUUGUGAUGUACCAGUAGGUGAAGAUGAAGAAGAUGAGGAAGAUGAACCAGAGGUACCAGUUGGCCCACGUCCCCGAAGAAUAUCUGAACUAAAUAUGAAAGAGAAGAUAACACCGAUUCCUGAAGGGAGUGCCUUCUUCAUUUUCAGCAGCACCAACCCAAUUCGAGUGGGAUGCCACAGACUCAUCAACCACCACAUCUUUACCAACCUCAUCCUUGUCUUCAUCAUGCUCAGCAGUGUUUCCCUGGCAGCAGAAGACCCAAUUCGCAGUCACUCUUUUCGAAAUAACAUACUUGGUUACUUUGACUAUGCUUUCACAGCCAUCUUUACUGUUGAAAUCCUGUUAAAGAUGACAGCUUUUGGAGCAUUCCUUCACAAAGGGUCUUUCUGCAGGAAUUACUUCAAUUUGCUGGACUUGCUAGUUGUGGGUGUUUCUCUGGUCUCGUUUGGGAUUCAAUCAAGUGCUAUUUCAGUUGUGAAGAUUCUGAGAGUUUUAAGAGUCUUGAGGCCCCUAAGGGCAAUAAACAGAGCAAAAGGACUGAAGCAUGUAGUUCAGUGUGUCUUUGUUGCUAUUAGAACUAUUGGUAAUAUCAUGAUCGUCACAACUCUGCUGCAGUUCAUGUUCGCCUGUAUUGGUGUACAGCUUUUUAAGGGAAAAUUUUACCGGUGCACUGAUGAAGCAAAACAGAAUCCUGAGGAGUGCCGGGGAAUAUUCAUCCUUUAUAAAGACGGAGAUGUUGAUAAUCCAAUGGUUAGAGAAAGAGUUUGGCAAAACAGUGAUUUCAACUUUGACAAUGUUCUGUCUGCUAUGAUGGCCCUUUUUACUGUGUCUACCUUUGAAGGCUGGCCUGCGCUGCUGUACAAAGCCAUAGACUCAAAUGGAGAGAAUAUAGGUCCUGUGUACAACUACAGAGUGGAGAUUUCCAUCUUCUUCAUCAUCUACAUCAUCAUCAUUGCCUUCUUUAUGAUGAACAUAUUUGUUGGUUUCGUCAUUGUUACAUUCCAAGAACAGGGAGAACAAGAGUAUAAGAACUGUGAGCUGGACAAAAAUCAGCGUCAGUGUGUAGAAUAUGCCUUGAAGGCACGUCCUCUGCGUAGAUACAUUCCAAAAAACCCUUACCAGUACAAGUUCUGGUAUAUGGUGAACUCCACUGGGUUUGAGUACAUCAUGUUUGUCCUCAUCAUGCUGAACACUCUUUGCUUGGCCAUGCAGCACUACGGACAGUCUAAGCUGUUUAAUGAUGCAAUGGACAUUCUGAAUAUGGUUUUCACGGGCGUGUUCACUGUUGAAAUGGUUUUGAAACUCAUUGCAUUCAAACCCAAGGGCUAUUUUAGUGAUGCCUGGAAUACGUUUGACUCCCUCAUCGUUAUUGGCAGCAUAGUAGACGUCGUUCUCAGUGAAGCCGAUAAUUCUGAAGACAGCGCUAGAAUCUCCAUCACUUUUUUCCGUCUCUUCCGGGUGAUGAGAUUGGUAAAGCUUCUCAGCAGGGGUGAAGGAAUCAGAACUUUGUUGUGGACUUUUAUUAAGUCAUUUCAGGCUCUGCCAUAUGUUGCUCUUCUGAUAGCUAUGCUGUUUUUCAUCUAUGCUGUUAUUGGAAUGCAGGUAUUUGGUAAAGUUGCUAUGAGGGACAAUAAUCAAAUUAACAGAAACAACAAUUUUCAGACUUUUCCUCAAGCAGUCUUGCUUCUGUUCAGGUGUGCAACUGGAGAAGCGUGGCAGGAAAUCAUGCUGGCUUGUUUGCCUGGAAAACGCUGUGAUCCAGAAUCUGAUUAUAGUCCAGGGGAAGAAUUCACAUGUGGAAGCAACUUUGCAAUCAUUUAUUUUAUAAGUUUUUAUAUGCUUUGUGCAUUUUUGAUUAUCAAUCUAUUUGUGGCUGUCAUCAUGGAUAAUUUUGAUUAUUUGACACGCGACUGGUCUAUUUUGGGUCCACAUCAUUUGGAUGAAUUCAAAAGAAUAUGGUCAGAAUAUGAUCCUGAAGCAAAGGGAAGAAUAAAGCAUCUUGAUGUGGUUACAUUGCUGCGGCGCAUUCAGCCUCCGCUUGGUUUUGGCAAAUUAUGCCCCCACCGAGUGGCAUGCAAGAGGUUAGUAGCCAUGAACAUGCCUCUGAACAGUGAUGGAACAGUCAUGUUCAAUGCUACAUUAUUUGCCUUAGUUAGAACUGCGCUGAAGAUCAAAACAGAAGGUAACCUAGAACAGGCAAAUGAAGAACUUAGAGCGGUUAUAAAGAAAAUCUGGAAGAAAACCAGCAUGAAGCUCCUUGAUCAAGUUGUCCCUCCAGCUGGCGAUGAUGAGGUAACCGUGGGGAAGUUCUAUGCCACCUUCCUGAUACAGGACUACUUUAGGAAAUUCAAGAAACGCAAAGAACAAGGACUGGUGGGGAAAUAUCCUGCGAAGAACACCACAAUUGCUCUGCAGGCAGGACUAAGGACUCUUCAUGACAUUGGCCCUGAAAUUCGUCGAGCUAUAUCCUGUGACUUGCAAGAUGAUGAACCUGAGGAACAUAAUCAUGAGGAAGAGGAAGAUAUUUAUAAAAGGAAUGGUGCCCUGUUUGGAAACCAUAUAAAUCAUGUUAGCAGUGAUAGGAGAGAUUCUUUUCAACAGAUCAAUACCACACAUCGUCCCCUGCAUGUCCAACGGCCUUCAAUUCCAUCUGCAAGUGAUACUGAGAAAAACAUAUACCACCAGACCUCAAAUUCUGUAUUCCAUAACCAUCAUAAUCACAAUUCAAUAGGAAAGCAUGUUCCAAACUCAACAAAUGCGAAUCUCAAUAAUGCCAAUAUGUCCAAAGUUGCUAAUGGAAGGCACCCAAACAUUGGAAAUCAUGAGCACAGAUCUGAAAAUGGAUACCAUUCAUACUCCAAAGCUGAUAAUGGGAGGCAUAGAAGAUCAAACAGUAAAAGAACACGCUAUUAUGAAACUUAUGUUAGGUCAGACUCUGGUGAUGGGCAUCUACCAACUAUUUGCCGUGAAGAGCAUGAAGUUCGGGAUUACUGCAAUGAUGAUCAUUAUUUGGGAGAGCAGGAAUAUUUUAGUGGAGAAGAGUAUUAUGAAGAAGACUACAUGUUGUCCGGAAGCAGGCACAUGUAUGACUAUCACAACAGACAUCACUGCAAUGACUUUGAUUUUGAGCGUCCAAAAGGUUAUCAUCACCCACAUGGAUUUUUUGAGGAAGAUGAUUCACAGAUCUGUUAUGAUUCAAAAAGAUCUCCUAGGAGACGGUUGCUACCUCCAACACCUACAUCCCAUCGGGAUGAGAGUUACAACUUUGAAUGCCUCCGUAGACAAAGCAGUCAAGAUGAGAUACCUCUCUCUCCCACUUUCCACCACCGCACUGCUUUACCAUUGCAUUUAAUGCAACAACAGGUCAUGGCAGUUGCAGGUCUGGAUUCCAGUAAAGCUCACAAACAUUCUCCAAGUCGUUCAACACGUUCCUGGGCAACUCCACCAGCUACCCCACCCAACCGGGACCGUACUCCAUAUUAUACACCUUUAAUCCAAGUUGACAGGGCUGAAUCUACAGACCAGAUGAACGGCAGUCUACCUUCUUUGCAUAGGAGUUCAUGGUACACCGAUGACCCUGAUAUUUCCUACCGAACAUUCACACCAGCCAAUUUAACUGUACCUAAUGACUUUAGGCAUAAACAUAGUGACAAACAAAGAAGUGCAGACAGUUUGGUAGAAGCGGUACUUAUAUCCGAAGGCCUAGGGCGGUAUGCAAAGGACCCUAAAUUUGUUUCAGCUACUAAACAUGAAAUUGCUGAUGCUUGUGACAUGACUAUUGAUGAGAUGGAAAGUGCAGCAAGUAACCUUCUCAAUGGAAAUAUUAGCAAUGGAACCAAUGGGGAUAUGUUCCCCAUUUUAAGCAGGCAAGAUUAUGAACUUCAAGACUUUGGUCCUGGUUAUAGUGAUGAAGAACCAGAUACUGGUAGAUAUGAAGAAGACUUAGCUGAUGAAAUGAUAUGCAUUACAACCUUAUAGUAUUUAGCGAGAAAUAAAUAAUUUUUAAUAACAGAAAAAGUGCCUCAUAGUUCAAAGAUGCUAGGCACUAGUUGGAAUUAAUAACUAAUCAAGCUUUGUACAAGUGAUGUCACACCUUGAGGAAGCCAUAAUCUAUUGUCUCCAGAUUGUUGAAAUGUGAUCAAAGCUGUAGUAUAUCAUGUCUUUACCACACAAUCUACAUUUCCUCAGUAGGAAUAGUUAUGUAAAACCAAGCAGAUUCUGAAGAUCCCAUUUCCAGAGGACUAGAGAAGAGUUCUGAGGUGUAGUAUCUUGCCUGUGUUUCAAACUUGUGCUGCUAUCAUUCACAGUGAAGCAGGAGUUCCUGAAUGAAAAAUGUCUGUAGGUCCAGCACCAAAAUAUGUGGAGAAAAUUACUAUGUGAGAUAGGUGAUGGCAAUCAAGUGUCAUUAUCUCAACAUUUUAUAGCAUAUCAAAUGUUCACUGCAUUUAGCAUAUCCAUUCUAACAUUAUUUUCAAACUUGCCUCCUGAUUUAUUUUCUUAAUGGUCUUCUAAAAUACAGUAUGUCAAACUCUAUCUACCAGAAAUCAUUGGAAAAAAGAACCUAAAAACAUUUGUCAUAUGUAACAUUAGUUUACAUAGGAAAAUAUCAUUGAGAUGGUCUAUUUUAUGACUAUCAUGUUAAGGGCAACAUAUACUGGAAUAAUUGCAUUCUGACUAAUGCACCUGCAACCAGGUUAAAGUAGAAUUAGUUAAGUUAGUUUGUUAAUGAUAUAGUAGAAAAUACUGUAAAUGAAUUGUAAUAUACAAUAAUUUGUAUUUGUAAAGAGAUGUUCUAUAUUUUGUAAUUAUUGUACCGUAAUUGAACUGCAGCAAUAUUUAUGAAACUUAAUUAUUGUAAUUCUCCACAGAAUUCUAGACAUAAGUAUUUUUACUUGGAAUAUAUAGAGGUAUAGGAUAAAUAUUUAACUAGAGCCGCCACUCAAUGUAAAUCUUUUUGGGGGGGUAAAGUGUCAGGUUUAGAGAAACUUGACAAUAUUCAGAUUUUAUAAAAUAUUUUGAGUCUAAGAAUCUCUUUACAUAAGGGAUACACAGAUGUCUAUUUUCAGUUUUAUAAUCAGAAAGUUAAAAGAAUUGAAAUUAUCUGCUUUUUUCACUGACAAUAAGCUGUGAUUUUUUUUAAAAAAAAUUAUAGAUAUCCCCACAUUACAAUAAAUACUAAAUUAAUUUAAAAAAUUGGCCAAAUCUUCAUUGGUGUGAGACAUUUAUAAUUUUGUCAUAACUAAUUUGACCACGUAGCCUAAUUCUAUAGCAGAAUAUGAAAUAAAAAAAUGUCUUAAUUCCAAUCCUAUGUACUAGUUAUGCUGCUCACAAUAAAAAAAAAUGAUAAAAGGACUCUCCACAGAAUCAAAAGAUUCCUGAUAAGUAAAAAUACUACUUUAUUGCCUCUCCCCCUUUUGCUGUUCUAUGUGCAGUAUUUAAAGGAUUUAUUUUUAUGCAAUUGAAAGAGGGCUUAAAUUUUGUUCAUGAUGCAGUAAAAACCCUGAUAUGAAUUCCUGAUACAAUUUUUGGGGAAAAUGUAAAAAUCUAUUUUAUUAACACUGAAUAAAAUUGACUUGCACUGCCAAGUUACUUUUUCAGGGUUUACCUGUACUUAACAAGAUAGGUAGCAAUUCAGUUCACAUUUUUUAAAAUGUGACAUAUAAAACAUGUCAAUAAACAUUUUGUAUAUAAUGACAGUUUGCUAUGGAUACCUUACAGACCUCUUCUUGAAUUAUUCUUAUUUCAAAUGCCAGUAUAAUAAUUUUAAGGGUUUGUAAAUUAUUUCUUGACAUACAUCAUUUUGUAUUAAAGCAAAUGCAAAAUGUUCUUCAGAAUAAAACUCUGUAAUAAUUUUAUUAUACUUGAGGCUCCUUUGUCUAACACUUUCAACCAGUGUAAUAUCCAAAAGUUAAACUCUUAUUGUAAUAUUCAAUGAAACAGUGAUUUUUCCAUUUGAAAAACACACUCCUAAGGAUUAUGCUAUUCUUACCUACAUUUUUUAUGAAGCAUUGACCUUAAGUAUAUAAAAUAUGAUGCAUUUAAAGCUCAUAGGGCUUCUGGUGUGUAAAAGACCAGUAGUAUCAGGCCCUAGGCAAUUAAUUUUUUAAAAAAUCAUCCAUAACAAAUAGGAAAAUUUUCCUAACGCCCCUACAGGCUGUGUGAGACUGAUUCCUGCAUAUAUGCCACCUCUUACCAGAACAUGCUAAGUUAGGUUGUUUAGUGUUAGUCAUUUCACAUUUUAGUUAUACUUUCCUACUUACAAAAGCACACCACUUUUUAAGUCCAGAGAAUAAAAUUUCCUUAUCAGAUCUCUGUGGGUCAGAAUUUCAGAGGGGUUGUUUGAUGAUGAAGCAACAAAGACUUCAUUGUGCUCAAUCUCUGAAAAAUCAACCCCUUUUUAAGUAUCUGAUAUUCAACGCUGAAAAUCAGUCACAUUAGAAAAUUGUACCCUAAAUUUUUUCACUAGUGAUUCCUGAUAACAUUUUCCAAAUUCGGUAGCUAUUAUACAUGAUGUUUUUAUAACUAUAAGGUGCUAGCCCGCCAAAAUAAUCUUCCCAGGUGGGAAACUCAUGCUUUCACAAAGUUACGCUAUCUUCACUGAGAUGCUGAACAUAAAUAUUUCACCCCAUUAGAAUGUACCCGUGAAUAUUCUGAGUAAAAAGUCUCUUUCCAGGACAGAGUUCCUAUUUUGCAUGAAAAUAGAGGUUGUUGUUUUUUUAAACUUAAACCUGGAUACAAUAUCCCACUUAUUCAAUCUUUUAAAAAAAACAUGCGAAAAUUUAAAGAUACAUAAAACAACAUCUUUGCUGCUCAAUUAUGGCACUGGAAGAGUGAAAUAUGUCUCAUAUAGUAAAAUCUUGUUAAUUAGAUAACUUACAAAUUCCUCUAAUAAAUAUAGGCAAUACUAUAAAUAUUCAGGUAACCUUAAGUAUUCAUUUAAACAAACUUGCCAGAUUUUGGGUGCGCGUAUAUAUAUACAUAUAUAUGCAUGGCCAGUCCAACCAUAUAGGUGAACUAGGCGGUCACCAACGAUGCCAGACUUUAAAGAGAGCCAAAAAAACACUUUUAUUUUAUUUAAAAAUAUAUUAAUAUGUUAUUUCUUAUAAAUGAAAAUAUCAAAUAUUGUACUUGUAAAAUUGCCAUGUCAGAAGUUGAGUUAUAUUAUUUAUUUCACUUUGCUGAGCAUGGCUGUGUAUGUAAAACAUAGUUAAAAUUUUUCACGGCACAGCUUCAAGAGAGUGCCAGCUGGGUUUCCUGCCUGGGGGCGGGAUCUAGCAGUUCAGUCAUUCUCAGUAGCCCAAUGUUGGCCACUCAUACAGUUGAAUCAGUUUUGCUCACCACUUAGUGAAGACUGAUCAGCAACCCACAACAGCUGUUCUGUGGUAUUAAAAGCUGUUUUGGACUUCAAAAAUUUGGUAAGAAGUAUUAACAAGAUUGUAAAAGGAGAAUCACAAGUACUUGUAAGAUUAAUAUUGCAUAUUUAUUGUAGAUUAUUACUGUGAAAGUAAUAGUAAAGCCCUGAUUUUCAAACACCUGACUGCUGAUGUUAACAAAUACAGCUUAACAUAUGCAUUCCUUUCCGUUCAAAUUGCAAUAACGUUCAAUAAUAGAAAUUCUGAUCUGUUCAAUUUUUAAUAGUUUUAACUGAACAUUGAAAUGAUAAAAUAAAUUACUAUGCUUUUAUGUUACUAUGAUGUCAUUACAUGCACAGUAACUCACCAGGAAAGGUUUCAAUUGGUAGAAAGCUACGUGCUCUAUUGUCCUGUGGCAUUGCAAAUUCAUAAUUUUUCUCUUUCCACAUUUACUCCACAUUUAAUUAUUCUUACUAACCAUUUUGAUUCAUUUAUCUUUUAGUUUAACGUAAACAGCAUUCUAUUUUACUGUCAUUGUUCUCUACUUUGAUAAUUUAAACAGUUGCUUACAAUUGUACAGAAAAUUAACACCACAGCAGAUGAAAAAAAAAAAAAGUCUGGCAUUCUGCAUCGUAAAAGGAAAACCUGAACAGGUAAAAGAAAAAGCAACAAAAAAAGCUUCCUUCCUCAAAUAGCUUCAAUUUGACCAACACCGAGAUGGAAAGCAGCUCACAACAUUAAACUAACACUGAAGUUGAGAAAAUAUAUUUAUCUGCAUAGAAAUGUACCAAGGUUGAGGUAAAAAGAGAUAAGGGAGAAGUAGGAUAUGUGGAAGACAAACUUGAAAGCAAGUUACAUUAUGGAUAUCCUGCUAUGUGGCGUACAUGUGAUGAUUGUGUAUGACAAAUUCUAGUGGAACAUGGACCCAGAACCACUUCAGGAAUUUCACUUCCUGAAAUAUGGAAAUAGAAGAAAAUUAUUUGCACACUACUACAAGAGGAAACUUGCCAAGGGGGAAGAAAUACAUCAGCAGUGGUUAUAGUAUUCAGUGUCAUAAACUCAGUGUUUUGCUUCUGCUGCAAGCUGUUUAGCAGUCAUGCAACUGAUAGCUUAUUUACUGAAAAGGAUUGGAAAAAUGUUUCUUCAAUUCUGUCUUCUCAUGAAAAAAUUCCUAAAUAUUUGUAAAAUUUACAAAACUAGAAAGAACUUGAACUAUGACUGGGAAAAAAACCUAAUGAUGAAGAACAUUUACAUGUAAUCAAGUGAGAAGAAGAAUACUGGAGCAUCUGGUUUCUUUAGUGAGAGUUCUCAUUGGACAACAAUCCACAGGACUAAUGAAAAAUUAUACAGUGCAGAUAAUGGAAACUUCUUAAAAUGUAUUGAAUGCCUAACUUUGAUUGAUCCAGUCAUGAAGGAGCAUCUGUAUAUAACAAGUGACCACAAAAUUCAUGUUCAUUACAUUGGAAAAAGUCUGAAGGAUGAGCUGAUUUAACUCCUAGCAAAUGCUGUAAAGAGAAAAUCUUAAAAACUGCCCAUCCCUCAAAAUAUUUUUUAGUAAUUAUGGACUCUAAAUCAGAUGUGAAUCAUAUUGAGCAGAUGUCACUUCAUAGAUGCAUCAAAAUCUGCAGUUGAGGAUAAUGCUGAAGUGAUUAUAAAGGAACAUUUUGGGGGGUUGGCUGGUGCUUUUAUGACUAAAUGUAUUCUACAGGAGCUUGAAGGAAUGUCAUUAUCUAUUGAGAAUGUACAUGACCAAGACUAUGACAAUGGGAGUAAUAUGAAAGGUAAAAACAGUGGUGUACAAAAGAGAAUAAUAGAAAUGAAUCCUUGGGUGGUUUUUGUUCCUUGCAGUCUCCAUUCCCUGAAUUUGGUUGUUAAUGAUUUUGCCAAAUUUAGUUCGGAGGCAAAUAGUUUCUUUGACUUCGCGCAAUGCAUAUUUCUGCCCCCCUCCAAGUUCAACACACCAUUGGAAAGUUCUUUCAGCCCAUGUGUGUUCUCUAACUCUGAAACCAUUGAGUCCAACAAGAUGGAAGAGUUGAACUGAUGUCUUGAAGCCUCUUCAGUGGAAAUAUCAAUGAUGCACUAAUUGAAAUCUCUUAUGAUACUAUCCUAACAGGACAUGUGCGGAUGCAUAAGCUCUUGCAAAUGGCUUUUGCAAGUUCAAAUUCACAGACAGCUCUCUCAUCAUCUUCAUUGCUCUUCAAAUUUCCCUUGAUUCUUUUAGAUUCUGUUGCUAAUGGGGAAUAUAGCUUUUCAAAGUUAAAAUUGAUAAAGACAUGCCUUUGUUCUAGGGAUGUGAACGACUAGUCAACUAUCCAAUAAGCAAAUGCUUAUCAGAUAGUUGACACACUAGUCAACUAGUCACUUCCCCCCCUUGAUGCCUCUAUCAGAAAGAGGCAGCAAGUGGGGGUGGGGGGGGUGAAAUGGAGAGGGUGCUUGAAAGUGGCAGUUCCGUGUGGAGCCCAAGGUCAGCUGGGAACUGCCUGAGUCCUCCCACUAGUCCUGUGCUCCCCACAGUGCUUUCGCCUUUCAAGUGUAGCAACAGCCAGAAGCUGUUGCUAUACAG